AUUUGGAUUUUCUGAUUAUUUAUUUGUGUAUGUAUUUAUUUAUUUUAAGUUGAAAGAAAUUUAUCAACGUGGAAGCUUACCCAGAUGACAAGCAUAGUGGCCAAGUAGCAUGAGAGGAGGCCGUCUCUUCUGUUCUUCUCUCUUUUUUCUCUCCUCUGUUUUUCCCUCAAAAAACCAGAAACAAAAAGCCUUCGAUUUUGCACUUCCAUGAAAAUUCACUCCUUACCCACGAUUUCUUAACUCCAAAAACCAUCUGGGUCGGUUUCAGAAUCCCAAAAAAAAACGAGAAACAGAGAGAUAUGGAGGAAGAAGGAGCGGCGAGAGAGACGGCGGCGAGGCAGAGAGGCGGAGAGAGCGAGAAGCAGUACAAGGGGAUAAGGAUGAGGAAGUGGGGGAAAUGGGUUGCCGAGAUUCGGGAGCCGAAUAAGCGGUCAAGAAUUUGGCUCGGCUCCUACUCGACUCCCGUCGCGGCAGCUCGAGCCUACGACACCGCUGUUUUCUACCUAAGGGGCCCGUCGGCGCGGCUCAAUUUCCCGGAGCUUUUGGUCGGCGAGAACGGCGGCGGCGGCUGCGGAUGCGGCGAUAUGUCGGCGGCUUCGAUUCGGAAGAAGGCGACGGAGGUCGGCGCCAGAGUCGACGCGCUCGAGACGGCUCUGCGCCACCACCACCAACACCACCGCCAUCAUCACCAUCACCAUCACCAUCGGCUAGACGGCGGCGGAGACGCCGAGAUGAAGCCGUGCGGCGGGUUCGUGAACCGGGUCGACUUGAACAAGCUGCCCGACCCGGAGAAUUCCGACGGCGAGUGCGACUGGGACAGGAAUUCGGAUUAGCCUGAAACGACGGCGUUUCGGUUAGGGCUGGGUUGGGUUGGUUUUGCUGACGUGCGCGGCCGCCGAGAUGUGUUUUGACGGCUGAAGUAAAAUGAUGACGCCUUUCUUUUUUUCGUUUCUUCUUUUCUCCACUACCCUUUUCUUCAUUAAUUGAACUUUAGU